AUGGCUGAGAGCCCCCCAAAGCUCCUCCCUGCUCCCAUCCCCAGAGUUGAAUUCCUCAAGUCCUCCCACUUCAAAAUUGGGCCUGACCCCCGCCUCACGGAAGGCUGUAUGAAGACUACUUUUGGUACCUGGUUCCCUGCACACUGGGGCGUCCGUGUAUCUGCCCCUUUCCUGCCAGGCCCCAGCAAGGGGCUCUUUCAUGAGGACCUGGCCAAGAUUCGAGAGAUUGACAGUGAGAUGCACGUAUCUUUUCCCGUCCAUGACGCCAACAGUUCCCCAUCAACCAUCAACACGCUGAUGCAAACCAGCAACCUGAAGAUGCACGGAGACCCCCGAAUCAAUGUCUUCAAGACCACUUGCCAAGAGAAGUACACCUACCCGGGGCCUGAGGCCUUCAAUCCUUUCAUCAAGGAAGCCCGAAAGCAGUUUGAUAAAGACAGCUUCCCCAGUGGAGACAGGGACAAAUUGGGGAUCCCUCUGUCUCACACUCACCAAGUCUUCGUGCCCCAGCAACUGUUCCCCCAAAUCCGAGCUCCUUCCCUGCACCUGGGAGGACCCUCUCCCUUGAAGUGGGGAAUGGAGCCUUAUCCAGAUACCUCCUAUCAAAAGGAAUUCCAAGGAAAAUGGGCUCCCCCUGCCCACUUCUCUGAGAAGCUGGAUUCCCACCUGAAGCUGGGAGACUCCAAGAUUGGCUUAGAAGGAGUCCAUUCAGAGCAGAAGAAUGCCUAUACCCCUCAGGGCCUGCCCCAGCACAGGUAUAACAAGAGUGAGGCUGUAGCCGACAUUUUCCGGGUGAACAUCCAGCCUGGGGAUGGCCAUUUCCACACUUAUCUCCCAGGUUACAAGGACGGGGCAUCUGUGGAUACAUCUGAGCCAGUAUUCAAACAUCAAACUCAACCUGAUUCAUGUCUACUGAAGGAAGACCAAGACCCAGAAAGAUGCCGGGAAAGAAGCAACUUCACUACAAGCCACCACUUCUUUACAUGGAUGAAGCCUGAAUAUGACACUAUGGAGCCAGUCGAUGCCAUGAAAAGUCAUGUGAUCUUGGGCGAGAAGAAUCUGAAGCCCCAGGUCAUGGUCACCACACACCAGAAGUAUUUUUCCUACCCAAAAACCUGUUCAUCAAAGAUGGUCAGGAGUCGUUCCCUCUUGGAAAGUCAUGUCAAGUUUGGUACCAAUGAGAUGGAUUUCCUGACAACCUCGAGGGAGCUGGGACCCCAUUCAGUCAAGAAGAAUCCAGUGCCUGAGGAGAUAAAGCAGAGGGUUAAAUACACCCACAUCCUGCCCCCUCAGCCUGACCAGGAAUUUUCCACCGAAUACAAGGACAACUACCCAUUGAAAUAUGUUGGCCCGGUGAUCCUGCAGCAGGGCAACUUUCAAGAGAGCAGUGUGCCCCUUGGCUCGUCCCAGAAGCGCUGGUCAGGCAGAAAGGUGGUGAUCCCCUGCUGA